GAGAGCAGGACCGUUGUCUCUCAACACCACCAACGCCCCGCCAUGGCCAAGGACAGCGUGCCAUCCCUGCAGGCUCUUGAAAAGCCGGAGAGACUGCAGGAUCUGCUGAAGGAAGACCGCGGUGACGACUGUCUGUCGUGCAGGAUUAUCGGAGGCGGCGCCUUCCUCGGGCUGGCCGCGUACAGCUACCUCUCCGGGCAGUCGCAGCUCGAGAAGCAGCGGGCCAAGAUUCUGGCCAGCGGGUCACGGUUCGGCAUGCGGAGCCGGAGCCUGGCCAUCACGGGCAUCUCGCUGGGACUGGCCUGGCUCGGCAUCUGGAGGCUGGUCAAAUGAGCUGGCCGAGGGAAUUCUGAGAUGUGCGGCCAUAUGCGCCUUUCGCAGGACUCCCGGUGUCUCGAACCCUACGAUUGCAGGCAUGAGAGCCAUUUCCUCACUGUCCGAAGGGCGGCUUGCGGCAGGUGGCGAUGAGGAUGGACGGGAGGGAGCGAUGUACGAAC